CCUAAUUUCUGGUUGGAACAAUAAAUUCUGCAAAUCACUCUACUCUACUUCUUCUCCAUUAUUAACUCUAGCUAGGUGAGUAAUCAUGCCAAUGCACCACUUUUUAUCUUACUCCAUUUUUCUUCUUGGUUUUUCAUCCAUGGACAUAUCCAAACUCCAUUUCAAUAUGAAACCAGAGCAAACCACACCCAACCCCAGAAGUUCAUUAAUCAAAGCCGUCCAACAGUUGGACAUUUAUAUUCAAUAAAUCCUGAAAGAGCCACCCACUAGUCACUUCCCUAUUUAUUACUUCCCCUGCUUCAUUUCACUCCCCUGCACUCAACUUCUCUGUCACUUCUCAGUUCUCACAGCUUGAAGAGGCAAAAACCAUGAGCAAGAGGAGCGACAUUGGAGAUGGGUUUGAUCCCAAGAGGCCCCAUUUCUUCAAGGUCAUUGUUGAAGAAACUCUCAGAGACAAGAAGAUGAUGCUGCCUGAGAAGUUUGUGGGGGAACAUGGAGGAACCUUGUCUAGCCCUGUUUCCAUCAAUGUCCCAGGAGGCAUGACAUGGCAGAUCCAGAUGUCCAAAGCCCGGACCCGAAAUGCUGGCAAUGGCAGGACCAAGAACAUCUACUUGGUCAACGAGACAUGGAAGGAAUUUGUAACACACUACUCCCUGAAACAUGGCCACUUCCUGAUUUUCCAGUACGAGGGCGGUUCUCGAUUCUCCGUCGCGAUCUUCGAUGGCACGAAUGGUUCGGAGAUCGAGUAUCCUGUCAGCAACAAAGGGAUCACCACCACCACAGGAAAAAACAGCAGUAGCAGCAAGUUCACCUCUAAGUACCCUUUCUUCCGAGUUGUUAUCACAGAUUCUCACUUGCUCAAAAGCAACGUGAAUGUGCCGAGGAGGUUUGCAGACAAGUACUUAAAGAGAAGCCAGCAGGUUAAGCUUCAGGUUGGAGAUGAUUGCUGGAAGGUGAAUGCUAACAAAAUGAAAGGAGGCCCGAUGGCUGUGCAGCUGAAUAGGGGUUUUAGAGUCUUUGGGAGGGAAAGCUCCAUUAAAGCUGGGAAUGUUUGUUACUUCGAGCUUGUUGGUAGCAAGGAUGGCGACCAAACGUAUAAGGUCACUAUAUCCAAGGAGAAUUAGCGACCAGAUGUUGUAGUGUUGAAUUAGUAUGUUCCUUUUGUAAUGCCCGUCGAGACCCUGCUGGAGAUCAAAGACAUUAUGAAGAAUGUCAUGUUUUACUGCUAAUCAAAUAGCUUCCUAGUUGCUGGAUUUGUAAAGCUUGGUCUUGAAAGUAGAAAGGCUGAAGUAGCCAUGUCAAGAAUUGAACUAGUGUGAGCUGAACCAAAGCACUGAAACUGUUACAACAAUGUACCAUAUCCUGCAGAGUAACAUCAGCAAGUUAUCUCGUAUAACAAUGAACAACUAAAAACUCU